CACACAGACAAAGUCCGCUAUGUUAAAUAGGUUACUUGGCAGUGGAACGUAUGAUUCCUAUGACAUGCGCUGUAUGGUGACAGGCCAGUUCGGGGUCGGAAAAUCGAGUCUUGUCAAGCUCCUAGCUGGUGAUGUCAUCCCAGAAGGAAGACAUCCUACCGAUGGGAUUUCCCUUAUAGAAGGUCGCUGUGGCCUUGAUGUUGAGACUAAAAGCUGGAUUUAUAUUGAUCCAGAAACGUAUGAUGCCUUGGAUGUUGUUUACAAUAAGGUUUUAAUGACCUCAGUAGAAGAGAAUGAAAGACAAGAAUCAGAAAAGCCAGAGGAACAGCUUCCAGGUUCAAAUCCUGUUAGAAGAGAUGAUAAUGUCAUGACAAGUGGCCCCUCCCAACAGCCUCUAGCAGCCAAAUCUGUGUCACCUAAAAUGUCUUACAGUGUGUCCCAGAGAAGACCAGAGUUUAAAACACACAUGAAAUCGAAAAUGACAAGAGAAGAAAUAAGAAAGAAAAUGGAAAAAGUCCUUAAAAGUGGAAACUACAAGAUGAAAGUUGGAAGACUGAUUUUUUGGGACUUCGGUGGACAGUAUGUCUACUAUACCACACACCAAACCUUCAUGACUUUCAGAGCUUUGUUUCUCGUGGUAUUUGAUGGAAGCAAACAAUUGCAUGAGCUAGUCCCAGAUGUUCUAUGUUUUCCAGGGCAGCACAUGACACCAACCCCAGCAGUAUUUCUACAACAUUGGGUUAACUCAAUCCUAACGUAUUGUAAGGUGGUAUAUGUAGGCAUUCCGAAGAUCUUGUUUGUUGCCACCCAUAAAGACAAAGUACCAAUUGAGAAUGUGGAGUCCAGGCGUGAGGAGUUGUACAAUGGAGUAGAGGAAUUGUUUAAGGACCAUGAGGGACGAAACCAUCUAGUCCUAACACAACGGAUAUUUGUCAAUGCAAGGGAUAACACAGAUUCAGAAAUUGAAGUCCUCAAGAAAGUCAUCACAGAACUGACGUUUGAACAUCCUUGUUGGGGGGAGAAGAUGCCAAACGCUUGUGUUCCCCUUGAACUCGAGAUUGCAGAGCUGGUGGCGGAAGGAAAACAAAUCUUGUCAUUGGAGGAUGUUGAAGAAUUAAAUGCUAUAAGCAAGGUGUCUGUAUUGUCCCCAGACCAACUCAAAGAUUUCCUAAAUUUCCACCACUCACUGGGGAAGAUUGUUUACUUUGAUACUCCACAGCUGAAAGAUUUCGUAAUCAUCAACCCCUUACUCAUGGUGGAGGUUAUGAGGUCCUUUGUGACAGAUAAAGUAUUUUGGCCAGAGGAAACAAGAAUUCAGGAAACUUUCAAAAGAAUGUCAAAAUAUGGGACCAUAAGACGGGAAGACCUCUACCUAAUUUGGGAGCAAAAAGAUUUCAGUGCAAUUUUACCAUACAAAGAGUUUAUAUUUAACAUCCUAAUUUAUUUAGAUAUCUUGGCAGAGCAAAGGAGAUAUGAUACAACUACAGGAAGUCGCUUACCAGUGGAAAACUUCUUUGUUCCCUGUAUGGUUACAGAGAGAAAUACUACCAACUUCAUGGACAAAGAGUGUACACCAGAGAGAGCUAUAUGCUUAGCGUUUCUUUUUAAAGGGACUAUAAUACCACCAGCUUUACCUAAUCGUCUGAUCAGUGCAUGUCUGAGCAUGUGGACCGUCAAGCAGUACGGAGGAAGAAAACUCCUGUUUUCAGGAUUUAUUGGUUUAUCCUUUGACAAGUCACAUGAUAUUGUUGUAUGCGUUGAAGGCAACAAGAUUCUUCUUUUCAUCGUCCAUAGAACCUCCGCUGGACUUAUAGUACCAGAUAUAGCUACUGGUGUCAAAGAAUGCUUGGUUAUAACAAUGGAAAGAAUUUCAGAUUUCUAUCAGUCCACAAUCCAUGCAAAACGGAGCCAACAAUCGCCAUUUCACAUUGAAUAUACAUGUUCAAAUUUGACAUGCUUCAUCAGUGCAGAAGAAGCCAAGCAGACUAAUGGAUGGAUUUGUGACAAACAUAACCAAACACACAAAACAGGACACUGGCGUGUUUGGAAUCAAGAUCAGACUAAAGAACAGUGCGAAGAGGAUUGUCAAGGUUUAAAUGAUGAUGCUUUGAGCAAGACACCAAGUGAUAUUGAACUUCUGCGUUUUUCAAACCACUGUGAAUCAAAUCAAAUGCAUGAAUUAGUUACACAUCUUGGAAUGGUAAGGAUAUGGAAAGAUGUCGAAUACAAUCAUCCUAAAGAUAUACAGGUUGCCAAAUUUUUGCUGUUAUCAAAGUGGAAAGAGAUAAAAGCUAAAUGCAAUUUCAAAACUUUGUCAGAAGCUCUGAUCAGCAUGGGUAUAUCAACCCAUGUUUUGUGUCAAGUAAGAAGAAUCAUCAAAGCAGAAACAGAUAUUCCUGCAGAUUACUUGGAUUUUAUUCCAACAGAUGAGAUUCUAGAUGCAUUAGCUCCACAAAUUGGUCAGGUUUUUUUCCAACUUGGCACUGAAAUUGGGCUAUCAAUUCCUACCCUGGAAAAUAUACAGAGUAAUAAUCCUUCUGACUUAGCAGAACAGAAUAAGGUCGUAUUAUUUAAGUGGAGAGAAGACCAACUAGUCAAACCUACAAUACGGGUCCUUAUGCAGGCUUUAUUUAACAUUGGGAGAGGUGCACGUUGUUUAGAAGAAGUUUUAAAGAAUGUUGAUCUGAACACCCUUAUAGUUUCACAACAAUGGAGAGGUAAAGGGGCAAUUCAAAAGAAACCAAAAAUCAAAUCAGAACAGAAACCACAGAGUCAGCGAAAGGUGUCAAAGAAAUGUUCAAUAGCUUGAAAUUAGGCACCUUAAGAGAAUGGUCAAAACAAGUGUGCGUUUGAAUAGGGAAAAUAUACUAUAGGCGAAAGAAGUGAAAAAUAUUGUGCAUAAUUUAGCCUCAUUGUUUGAAAGUUUCUAUUAGUUGUUACUUUUGUAUUUCAUUUGUUCCAUAUUUUUUAUUUUUAGGUAUUAGGAAGGUCUGUAAGCAAAACAGUUGCAAAUUCCUUUUGACAUCUUUCUCCUCUCUCAUACUAUUUACUUCAUGAGCAUUCAACAGAUCCAUUACCUGUUAUUUGAAUUGGUUUGUUAUAACCUUUACAGAUAUUCUUCUCUGAAAGCACUAAACUUUGAAUUAUCUUUCUGAUAAUAUUUUUAAAAAAAAAUUUAUCAGACGACAAUUCAAGCCAGCCAGCAAGAUUAUUGUUAUACAAAUACAAUGUUUUUGGUAAAUUGUUUUGUUGAAAUAAGACUGUUAAGUUUUCUCAAAUGAAUGAUUUUUCAUGCCUAUACGGAAUGGGUUUUUCCCAUUGUUGAAGGCCGUACGGUUGUCUAAAAUUGCUUACAUCCAUUUCAUUUGAACAUUGGUUUUAUAGUUGUCUCAUUGGCAAUCAUACCAGAUUUACUUAUUUUUAUGUUAUUUACCAUACAAAAUAUAACUCUAACAGUAUAUAAAGGCUGUGAAUUUAAAUAAAGUUAAAAUUAUUUGACCAA